AUGGAAACACAAUGUGAUUUUCAUAGUCCACUAUACGGAGAUUCAGAGUCUGUUUUUCAAGAAGAAGACUUUCCAGAAAUUCUAAUGGACCAAUUUUGCAAAGUGUUAAAGAUUUCAGAUGAAAGUGAUUCUGAAGACAUGCCGGUUCUAGUAACUAGCACCACAAAUUUAGAAGAGCAACUUCAAGAGUUGCAAAGGAAACUCAUUGAAAAAGAUGUCGAAAUAGCAGCCUUGGUAGCCCAAGUAGCGUCUCAAGCAAGUACAUCUGCUCGAACUCAUCCUUAUCCAAUUCAUUAUGAUACUGUUCCAUUCCCAACCGGUUAUCAAAAACCAAACUUUGAGAAAUUUGAUGGUUUGACCGGUUCCCCUCAAGAACAUUUGGCACAUUUCUAUUCGGCUUGUGGAGAAUCUACUUUGACAGAUGCCUUGUUGAUAAGGCAGUUCGUACAAUCUCUCAAGGGUUCUGCAUUCACUUGGUACACCCAAUUACAACCAGGGUCAAUUCACACGUGGGACGAUUUACAAAGGGCUUUUCUUGCCCAAUUUGUGAGUUCAAAGAAGAAAGUUUCAAUCAUUGAUUUAGCCAAUGCUCGACAAAAGUCAAAUGAAAGUUUCAAUGACUUCAUUACAAGAUGGAGAAGCCUAAAUCUCCAAUGUUCUGAAAAGUUGACUGAACAAUCUGCAGUACAAAUGUGUUCAAACAAUCUCUUACCAGAGAUUGCCACUUCCAUAGGGACUGUAGAACCUCAAAGUUUUGAUGCAUUGGUCUCUAAGGUGAGCAAUGUUGAAAGACAAAUUGCCCGACAAAAGAGUACCAUGCAAAGGGGGCAAGAAAAAAAUACAGAAGGAAAAAGCCCUGAAAUAAUGGAGAAGUAA